AUGGUUUCCAUGCGGUUUCCAGGUCAGCCAGCCCCCACCUAGUGGCGAGCUGGCCAGCGAAUCUCUGAGCAAUUUCGCUUUUCAUUCAAAAAUUGGAUAAAAACAUACGUCCUACUUUGACUCUAUUCAAUAAAAACACAAUUUCAAGCAAACCCUUGCAUUUUUCAUGUUUUGCAUGAACCAAAUAUGAUAAACAAAAGAAUUAUUCCUUACGAUUACCUUGACCUUUGCGAUAAAUAAAUAGUGUUGACCUUCGUGACCAUUCUGUAUGUAAAUAAUUGUUUUUGUAUACCUACGUCCUCAUUAACAAUACCAAUCUUUUCUCUCUACAUUUUACGUUUUCCGUUUUCUGGUAAUAUCGCAGUGUACCCCUAUUUUGUCAGGUUUUUUUGGUUUGCGAUUUUUAAAAAUAAGUCACUUUUCUGGCCAGCUCCAAGCUGGCAAGAGAAUCUCUGAUCGUGAGUAUGUAAAGAUUUUUCCUCAGAAAUUAUGGCAAAUACGAAUGAAUUGCUGUGUGAAAAUGAGAAAGAAACCAUAACUGGACUUCUAGCACAAAUCAAAGAAUUGGAAGAUAAACAUGAGAGGUGAGUUUUUUUCGAAAACCCGUUGAUUUGGUUGAUUCUUUCCUUAAAUUAAUCUUUCAGACUUCAAGAAGAAUUAUUUCGAACAAAUGCUAAGUUAGAGAACUUGAAGGAAGCUAAAGAAACAUUGAAACAACAAAUAAAUGAGAGUAUAAGAUUUAAGGAAACAUGGGAAAACAGAUUGAAAGCUUUGAAAGCUAAUAAACAAUGUUCAAAGUUCAUCGAGAAUGUAAGUAUUUUUUUAAAUUUGAAUGAUUUUUUAUUGUUGAAAACGUUCCGGAUUUUUUACUUCUAAAAUAUAUUUUUCAACACGCAUUUGCGGACACAACCAAUUCUGAUCAAAUUUUUAAAAUCUACCUCUCAUUAAAAUCCCGUAAGGUGCAAAAAUUGAUAAUAUUUUAGAGGUGAAGUUCGAAAAAAAAAUAAGUUGUGCUCAUUUGAAAGAGCAUGUUGUGAUUAGUUCAAUCCUCGAUGAAUUUUUUUUUCUGGAAGCUUCUCAAACAUUAAAUCCAAGCUACAGUACAUAUGGACUUUCAAGCCAUUUUACACGGCGUUUCACUGUUUUUUCGAACUUUACAGUUUUUUGUUUGAGAAGCUUCCAGAAAAAAUCCUUCGAGGAUUGCACUUUUUCGCUCAGACUCCACCUUUGAAGUUUUCUGAAUGUUAAAUUUUCGUAGGGUUACUGUAGAGUUUUCUGGGUAUCGAACCCACAAAAAGAGGGUAAUCUCUGAAUGGGGCCCCUGAAUGGGGCCAUUUUCUCAGAAAAUGGGGCCACCUGAAUGGGGCCACUUGUGUGGCAAAUUCCCUCAAUGGGGCCAGCAAGAAAAAAAUUAGAAUUUCUCAGUUUUUCCUUAAUGGGGCCACCUAAAAAGAUAAAAUACAUAAUUUCUGCAUAUUUCCUCAAUGGGGCCAUGUAUUUUUUGUGCAUUUCCUCAAUGGGGCCAUCUUUUCAUUUUUUUAAAUGUAUCUUGUGACGUCAUAGUGAUUGUGAAUUUAAUUUUGGUGAAAGUUUUCGAAUUUUUUGAGAGCGUAUGUGAGUUCUUACCACGAAUGCCAACUUUGGGUUCUAAAGGCAUGGAGCCUCUCCUACAUGAAAAUUAUCAAAAAUCACGCAGAAAAUUCAGUUUUUUUUGAACGAAUUCGAGAAAAAAAUAUCAAAAGUUUUCUCAAAUUUUCCGGUAAAUUCACCGGAAGCAUGUUUUGAAAGCUGAACCAAAAUCUGGAAGUAGUUCUUUAGAUAACUCUCACAGAAAUUCUAUAUAGAAUUUGAAAACUAUUGAAGAACAUGUCACAAAAGUUUGAUAUUUUGGCACAUUGCCCAAAAACAAGAAACCGACAUCGCGCAAAAAAGUGUGUUUUUUUCGGAGACCCAGAUGAGUUUUUUGGGAAGUUAUCCUAAAAACUUGUUGUCAACUAGCAAAGAAUACGGUAAUAACCAAAAUUUAAUGAAAAUCAACUUAUUAAAAAAAAAUAUCAUUUUGAUUCAAGAAAAUAAUUGGGCAGGAAAUUUUAAAAAAUUACCCAGAAAAAUAAUUCGAAAUCAUCAAGAAAAAUUUCAAUAUUUUCAUAGUCACAGCCUGAAAAUUUGAAAAAAAAAAGUUACAUUUGAAAUAUCUUCAAUGCUGAGAAUAAAAACCACAUCAUAAUAACGUGAUCAAAAAUUCGAAAACUUUCACGAAAAUUAAAUUCACAAUCACUAUGACGUCACAAGAUGUAUAAAAAAUGAAAAGACACAGCAAAUUUUUCACUACGCAUUUUCUCAUUGCACAAUUUCACGUGUCGCUACAGUACUUUCGCAAAAAAAAUGUCUUUUUUUGUUUUUUUUCACAAAAAAUGUGUUUUUGAAGCCGAAACCGAAGGAAACAUGCUCAAACUACAUUUUUAGAAGUAGUUGAUAAUUUUUCAAGUAGUAAUAGUUUUUGAAUCAAAAGUUUAUUGUCUUUCCUGGGAAAAUCGAGAAAAAUAUGGAGAAACGUCAUUUUGAGCGGAAUUAGAAGAUUAAUAAGCAAUUAUCUGUCUUCCGGACCUCCCUCAACCCUUCUUUGCUCAAUUCUGAUAGUGAAAAAUCAACUUUUCCCUGAAAUUCGGGUUCAAAUCCUCAAAAAACGAGUAAAAACAGGAUUUUAUUAGGCUCCGCCCAGAUGUGUGUGCCGCGUGAAAAACACAUUCUGCAAUGAUUUUUUUAUUUGAGGUCACGUAGAAAAAAAUUUGCUGUGAAAGAUGGCCCCAUUGAGGAAAUGCACAAAAAAUACAUGGCCCCAUUGAGGAAAUAUGCAGAAAUUAUGUAUUUUAUCUUUUUAGGUGGCCCCAUUAAGGAAAAACUGAGAAAUUCUAAUUUUUUUCUUGCUGGCCCCAUUGAGGGAAUUUGCCACACAAGUGGCCCCAUUCAGGUGGCCCCAUUUUCUGAAAAAAUGGCCCCAUUCAGGGGCCCCAUUCAGAGAUUGCCAAAAAGAGGAGGGGUCCCUGAUUGGAACGAAAAUAUUUGUUUAUUAAAAUUUCAACACUCCGAUUUUUCUGAAUACAGCCUAAAAAGUUUAAAAUUAGAUUUUUACGCCAUUUUACACUAUAGUUCUAAUUUUGAACUUUUCAGGCUGGAUUCAGAAAAAUCGGAGUGUUGAAAUUUUAAUAAAUACGAAUGUCGCAAUUGCGACAUUCGAAAAAUGAGAACAGGGGGGACCCCAUUGAAAAAUCCUGCUUCCAUCGAGACACCACCCAACCGGGAUUUUAUUAAAAAGGCAGAAAUAUUUGCCUUCCAAUCAGGGCCCCCUCCUCUUUUUGUGGGAGUUCGAUCUCAGAAAAUUUUGGGCAACGAUUUAGCAAGUUGCUGCCCUCUCGCAACUUGCUAUCUCCUUGCUGCACUUCUAGCGACUUGCGCGAUUCUUGCUGCAUUUUUAGGUUGCAAUUUGCGUCAUGAAUUUGGUCCAGCGAGUUGCGAAAUUCUUGCUGAACCCAUUUUUAUUGAGAUGGACAGUCACUGUCCGACAGUGGCCGAUUACGGAAGAAGAGAAUCUCGAGCUAGUUUCCGAACCGCAUGUUUCAGCAAGCAGAAUCGCGCAUUCAAUACAGCAAAAUUGCGAAAAAUCUCCUGAGUAUAGCUAGAUGAAUUUAUUAUUUACGGUAGAUUCGAUCGAGGAAAAACAUGGGAUCAUCGCGUGUUGGUUUACUGUAGAAGCAAAAUAUGAAAACAAAAACAUAUUUUCAAUUUUUGUUGUUCUCACUGUGUUUCUUUCUAAUAGAAAAAUGCAAUCUCGAGGAGACGCAGACACUCGCUGGUCUCGACGCGCUGUGUGUCUGCCGCACACUAUUUCUCUCCCUUUUUCGGCGAGAGAUUUGUCUGCACAUGUUAAAGUCUGCGUCUCCCUCGAAUUGCAAAAAAAAAAAUACAGUGUUCUGCUCACUCACCAUUUUCCGGACGCAACUGGACAAAAACCAGAAAAACAAGCAAAAAGCCGCCACGUAUCGCCACGUAUUUUCUGACAAGCGAAACGUGGCAAGAUUUUUAUCUCGUUGAAAAAAAAAACAAAAACAAAAAACCAAAAAAACAUUUUUUCACGUGACCCAAAAAAAUUGAUCAGAAUUGGUUGUGUCUCCAACUGUCUCCAACAACAAGGGAACUUUCAAAAACUUUUGCGAACAUCUAAUAAAACCGAAAAAUGACCGUUUUUUUAAACUCGAGCUCAUCUGAUUAAAUUUUAAAAAAUCGAUGGUUUGUGGAGUAUGCCCAGGAUCUUUUAUGAGACCCUAUUUCAAUUCCUAAUUUCUAUGCUGAAAAUUAAGUUAUUUGUCAUGUGAUGGCACAGAAUUUCUUCCCUUCACAAAAACUGAAAUAGCUGUUAGAAUUUUUAAAAGUUGGGUGUAAAUGUCAUAAUUUCUCAAAAAAAGCAUGAUCUCAAAAAAAUGUAUAAAUUCUACAGAUUCACGAAUCUACGGAAUAG